AUGGCCCCUUUUACCCAUCACCCGGACGGCCCGGCAAGCCCUGAGCCCGGCCGACCUUCGCACGACUCCCUCUCCUCCGUAUCUACCACGAGCCUCGUCUUCGACCGACUUCAGGAAGAGGUGGAAAAGCAUCCAUCCGCCCGCAGGACCAGCGCGCGCAGCCGCUUGCCCCCGCGAGUAAAGGAUGAAGGCGAGUACGACGAUUCGGAGACGGGGCCUUUCCUCGGCGAACCAGAGACUGCUCCUGGGCGCGAACCCAAACCCAUGGACAGGAGCCUGCGCCGCAUUCUCGUCGCUGCCAGCGCCGUGUUUGUGACGGCCUGGCUCGCUGCGCUGGGCGUGUUCCUCGCCACGGCAUCUUACAAGCACGCAAGAGGAUCCGAGCACAAUCGCAGCGCUUACGCUGAACGUCAGGGCAAAGCCGUCACCCUGGACCAGAUACUGACGGGGUAUUGGUAUGCCGCGUCACACGACAUCAGCUGGAUCGCCGAUCCCGACGGCGACGACGGUCUCUUGCUGCAGAGAAACGCGGCAGACGGAUACCUGGUAGCUGAAGACGUACGCGCCCACGGCGACCGUGCCGGUGCUGGUGCUGGUACUCAUGAGAGCUCGGGGACCACGCUUGCCAAAUCUCGGACGCUCAUGAAAACUCCCCACUUCACCUACAACGGCGACGUCAAGAUCCCGGAAUGGAGCGAGCCGAGCCCCGACCUGAAAAAGGUGCUCCUGGCCGUCAACUGGAAAAAGAACUGGCGGCAUUCCUUCACCGCAACCUACUUUGUCCUGGACGUCGAGUCCGGCAAGGCAGAGCCGCUGGUCCCCCGUGACCCAAACGCCACGGUGCAGCUUGCCGACUGGAGCCCCAGGAGCGACGCCGUCUCGUUCACCAUGGACAACAACCUGUACCUCCGCCGGCUCACCGGGUCCCGCGACGUGGUGCAAAUCACGCAGGACGGAGGACCCGAGUACUUUUACGGCAUACCCGACUGGGUAUAUGAGGAGGAGGUGUUUUCCGGCCGCUCUGCCACCUGGUGGUCCAAAGACGGCAACUACCUCGCCUUUCUGCGGACCAACGAGACCGCCGUUCCCGAGUACGCCGUCGAAUACUACCUCCAGAGGCCCUCCGGGGAGAGGCCCGCCCCGGGCGAGGAAGCCUACCCGGACGUUCGCAAGAUCAAGUACCCCAAACCCGGAGCCCACAACCCCGUCGUCGACAUCUUGUACCACGACGUGUCCAAGGGCGGCGUCUUCUCCGUGACCGCGCCAGGCGCCUUCGGCGACGACAACCGCAUCGUCUCCAACGUCCUCUGGGCAGGGCGGGAAGUCCUGGUCAAGCAGCUCAACCGCGUCGGCGACCACCUGCAGGUCAUCCUCGUCGACCCAUCCAGGCGCCAAGCCAAGAUUGUCAACGACGUCAACAUUGGCGACGUGGACGGGGGCUGGUUCGAGAUUUCCCACGCAAUGACGUACGUCCCGGCCGAUGCCGGCAACGGCCGCCGGCAUGACGGAUACGUCGACACGGUGGUUCACGACGGAUACGAGCACAUUGGCUACUUCACGCCCAUGGACAACCCCAAGCCAGUCAUGCUCACCUCGGGGCCCUGGGAGGUGGAGGACGGCCCCUCGGCGGUGGACGUGGUAAACAACCUCGUCUACUUUGUCGCCGCGAGGGAAUCCGCCAUCCAGCGCCACGUGUACUCGGUCAAGCUGGACGGCUCCGCGCUGACCCCCCUGACGGACACGUCGCAAGAGGGCUACUUCAGGGCCUCCUUCUCCUCCGGCGCCGGCUUCGCGCUUCUGUCCUACCAGGGCCCCGGGAUCCCCUACCAGCGGGUCGUCUCGACCCCCUCCGGGCCCGCCCGCUACAACCGCACCGUCGAGGACAACAAGUCCCUCGCGGACAAGGCCGCGGGGCACCAGCUCCCCCUCCUCGAGCACGGCUCGCUGCAGCUCGACACGGGCGUCUCGGUCAACUACCUCGAGCGCCGCCCGCCCGGCUUCACCCCGCGCAACAGGUACCCCGUCCUCUUCCACCAGUACUCCGGGCCGGGGUCCCAGUCCGUCACCAAGCGCUUCGCCGUCGACUUCCAGAGCUACGUCGCCUCGGCCCUGGGCUACCUCGUCGUCACCGUCGACCCCCGCGGCACCGGCUUCCGCGGCCGGCAGCACCGCGUCGCCGUGCGCUCCAAGCUCGGCGUCCUCGAGGCCGAGGACCACAUCGCCGCCGCCCGCCACUACGCCUCCCUCGCGUACGUCGACCCGUCGCGCAUCGCGCUCUGGGGCUGGUCCUACGGCGGCUUCCAGACCCUCAAGACGCUCGAGCGCGACGCCGGCAACACCUUCUCCUACGGCAUGGCCGUGGCCCCCGUCACCGACUGGCGCUUCUACGACAGCAUCUACACGGAGCGCUACAUGCGGCUGCCCCGCGACAACGCCGCCGGCUACGACGCAUCCGCCAUCGCCAACGCCACCGCCCUCGGCUGCAGCAAGCGCUUCCUCAUCAUGCACGGCUCCGCCGACGACAACGUCCAUUUCCAGAACUCCCUCAAGCUGCUCGAUUCCCUCGAUCUCCAAGCCGUGGAGAACUACGACGUCCACGUCUUCCCCGACAGCGACCACUCCAUCUCCUUCCACAGGGCCAAUCGCAUGGUGUACCAGAGGUUGAAUAACUGGCUGAUCAAUGCCUUCAACGGGGAGUGGCUCAAGACCGCUCACCCCAAGCCCGUUGAUACCAAGAGAAGACGCGGUCAAUGA